AAAAGACAGGGCUAGUAGUGCCCCUUGAUUUGGGCCAGCACAUUGGUAUCAUUCUUGUUUGACAAUUUUCUCGUUAGUGUGAGACUUACAGCCUUAAUUUGCCGUUGUCAUGGCUGACAGGACGAGGCCACAGCCUAUUUGCUGAGUGAAAUGGGGUCGACAACAUGAUUCAAGGCAAACUAUAAUGAUCAGCUGUGCUAGUAAAGAUGCUGGUGCGUUGGCGUAAGAAUGUGUUGGUGCUGCUGCUCGCUGCUGGAGCUAUUCCAGUCACAUACAUGGUGUACUUCAUUGCAACUUCAGAUGAUGCCUUUGAUGUCAAUAGCGACAAUGCUGGAGUCAGUGCCUUAGAAACCCGCUUAGUUCAACGUGUUCGUGAAGUAGAAAAUCAGAACAUUGGGCUUCGCAAACAGCUUAGCCAAACCCAAAAUCAUCUACUUCGACUACAGAUGACACUUGCUGCUGCCAAUGAUUCUGCAGGUGCUGGUGGCAAUGGUACAAAAAUAAAAUGUCUGAAUGCUGAACCUGAUGUACCAAAGUGUGAGGUAAUCCAUGUUGCCAUUGUGUGUGCUGGACACAACUCAACUCGUGAUGUGGUGACCCUUAUCAAAAGUAUUCUGUUUUAUCGACACAAUCCUCUACAUCUUCAUUUCAUAUCAGAUUCUGUGGCCCAACUCAUUCUCACAAAACUGUUUGAGUCAUGGAGUGUUGCUGAAGUUGAAGUGAGUUUUUACCCUGCAGAUUCCAUAAAGCCUGAUGUUACCUGGAUCCCAAACCGCCAUUACUCUGGAGUAUACGGAUUGAUGAAACUUACACUGCCAAAAACACUGCCUGCAGAGCUAGAAAAGGUGAUCGUGCUGGACACUGAUGUCACUUUUGAAACAGAUAUUGCUGAGUUGUGGAAAAUCUUUAGGGUAUUGAAAGGGAAACAAGCUAUUGGUUUAGUAGAAAACCAGAGUGAUUGGUACCUUGGGAAACUGUGGAAAAAUCACCAGCCAUGGCCUGCACUGGGCCGGGGCUUCAAUACAGGAGUGAUUCUACUGGACCUGAAGAUGCUGCGGGAGCUGAGCUGGAUGCAGAUGUGGCGACUUAUUGCUGAGAAGGAGCUUAUGAGCAUGCUUGCUACCUCACUAGCAGACCAGGACAUUUUCAAUGCUGUACUGAAACAGCAUCCCUACUUGGUGUAUCGUCUUCCUUGCCAGUGGAACGUUCAGCUGAGCAUGAAUACACGAAGUGAACAAUGUUACAGUGAAGUUGCUGACAUCAAGAUUAUCCACUGGAAUUCUCCAAUGAAGCUGAAAGUGAAAAAUAAGCAUGUGGAGUUUUUUCGCAACAAGUAUUUGACUUUCUUGGAGUACGAUGGCAACCUUCUCCGCCGCGAACUCUUUGGCUGUCAAACUGCAAGUGGUGGAGAAGGAGCACGUAACCAAGAUCCCCUUGGAGAGCUGACAGAGGAUGAUGAUUGCUAUGACUUCCGCAGUGAGCGAGAGCUUGUGCACCGGACCCAUCUUUAUUACAUGGACUACAGAUACGAGCCAGCUCCUGAUGAUGUGACAUUGGUGGCCCAACUUUCACUGGACCGCUUGCAGAUGUUGGAGUUGAUAUGUAAACACUGGGAAGGACCUAUCAGCAUUGCUCUCUACAUGUCUGACGCAGAGGCACAGCAAUUCCUGCGCUAUGCUUUGGGAUCAGAUAUUCUUAUGGCUCGUAAAAACAUUGGCUACCACAUUGUAUACAGAGAUGGGCAAUUUUACCCAGUGAACUAUCUACGUAAUGUGGCCUUACAGGAAGUGAAGACAUCAUAUGUAUUUUUGUCUGACAUUGACUUUCUGCCCAUGUUUGGGUUGUAUGAAUAUUUGAAAAAAGCUGCAACAACGAUGGCUAUAGGAAAACAGAAAAAAGCUUUGGUUGUGCCAGCCUUUGAGACCCAGCGAUACAGGCUGCAGUUUCCUAAGUCCAAAGCAGAAUUACUGUCCAUGCUAGACAUGGGAACACUUUUUACAUUUAGGUACCAUGUGUGGCCAAAGGGUCAUGCUCCAACCAACUUUGCAAAGUGGAGGACUGCAACAACUCCAUACACUGUAAACUGGGAGCAGGACUUCGAGCCAUACAUUAUGGUGCAACGAGACAUUCCUCAGUUUGACCAGCGUUUCUUGGGGUUCGGCUGGAACAAGGUGUCACACAUCAUGGAGCUCGAUGUGCAAGGGUAUGAGUUUGUGGUUCUCCCAAACGCUUUUGUCAUCCACAUGCCUCAUGCACCCAGCUUUGACAUUGCCAAAUUCCGCUCAAGCUCUAACUACAGAAAGUGUCUUAAGGUGCUAAAAGCAGAAUUUCAGAAAGACCUCUCAAAGAAAUAUGGUAUAAAAGCAUUGAAGUAUUUGGAUGUGGAGUGAUUCUACAUGUGGGACUAUUGUUUGACAACUUUCAUUUUUUCAGAUAUAUGCCUCUAUGCCUUUAUUAUAUUAUUUUUCCUAAUGUUUAAAAAAAAGUUCACAAAGUAGAUUGCGGGUGGAAUGUUCAGUAUAUACUCAUGUAUUUUCUAGGAGGAUUUGCAUUUUUUUCAGUCAAACAUAAAUACUUUUAUUAGUCUUUUAUACUUUUUUUUAACUUUCAUUGAUUUAUCCCCAAAACUGGAUAAGGGGAGAUGCAACAGGAUUUGGUUUGCUGAUACUCAUUUGAGCAAAAAUUUACAAUAUAUAAUACUACUCAAUAGAAAUGCUCCAGCUAAAAGGUCCAUUUUACCAUUUUUGUGAUUUAAUUUAGAUAGUAUGCUCAGUUAUUCUGUUCUGUAUUAGGUUGAGCUGUGUUGUACUAUGUACUGUAGAAGAGGGUGCCAGCCCUUGCAAGUGUAAGCUCCUGAUUUCCAGUAGAUAUUUGACAAGGUGUUUCCUCGAAGCUGUUGUGAGGGAUAGAGAGGGAGGAAUUGGUGUUUUACCCAAAGCCAGCAACUAAGGCUAUAUCACAGCAAAGCAGCCAGCCCUGUAGAUAGAUGCCACAUGCAGAAAAAGAACAGUGUGCCCGAGAUGAGAGCUGUACCCAGCCAGGACAGCCAACCUUCACUGUAUUGAUGACAGAUGCUAACUAAGGAAUCAGAUGCAAAAAUAUUAAUGUAUGCACAUUAAUGUGUACUUUUCCUGUCACUGGUCAUUAAAUCCACCCCACGGGUUCAGAUCUCGUUGCAGGCACUUUGCAUGUGGUACCUGUUUACAGGGCUAGCUGCUUUGCCAGGAUAUAGCCUUAGUUGUGGGUUUGACAUAAAAUACCAAUUCUCCACCCCAAAGUAUGUUCACUGUGUUCGUAAGACACAGUUGUAACUCCAGCAAUCCUUAUAAGGGUACGAAGAUCCCUUGCAGUUUAUAGCAAAACGCUGCUAGACGUAACAUAGUUUUUGAUUGUUGCAGUAGCCAUGUUUUUAUGAUCCUUGCAGUAAUAUGUUUUGACUGUCACCGGUGCUGUUUUAUGUUAGUACUGCAUGGUCUCAGGGAAGCAGGCUGUAUGAGCUGAUGGUUGUCGACGUUCAUUUCCUUGUGACAAAGUUGUCUAGAAUAUGAUACAGGGCAUCUUGAAGAGAGAGAUCUGUCAUUGCAUUUAUAUUGGUCAAGACUACAAGAGUCUGGGCGUUUUUUAUCUGGGGAAAAAAUGGUGGGGACAUGAAAUGGUGAAAUCUAGUCUGCAGAUACUUUUGUCAUGUGUAUGUGCCAACAUUUAAAAAUAUUAGGAAACUGAAAAUCUUCAUACUUGUAUGUGUGUGCGAGAGAGAGAGAGAGUCCUUGUGUGCAUAUUUUCAUAAAUAUUCAAUAUGCAUUUGUGCCUCGCAUUUUGUAUUUUAGUGUCUUGCAUGCAGACACAAUCAGAUAAUGUUCUGGAAGUUUAUCAUCAGGCUAUGGACUAAUGGCACAUGUUAAAUAAAAAGAUUUCAACCUGUUAUGCCAAAGUUUACAUUUCCAAAUCAUGAACUUCCUGCUAAAUUCAUUUGCAGAUAUUACACAGUGUGUUUGCGUGUGUCUAAAAGAACUGGGUGGCAUUACUAUGAGUCUGUUUAAUCAUGGUACUUGUAAUUGUUUUGAUAACAAUAAAUGUGCAGGUACAUUGCUUUAAGUUUGUGAACAUGCUAAAGGCUGGAAUUAUGAAAGGUGAAAGGUUAGCCAGUGGUGUUACUUUCUUACAUCAAGCUUGUAAAUUUUAUAGAAUUUUUUUUAAAGCAAAAGGUGAUGAUGUUAGUGUAAAGACUGGUAGAUGGGAAGAUGCAUGUAUGAGAAAUAUGUGUGCAGGUAGGUAAUGCAGUUAAAUGUGUUUGUUUGUGAUUAGCAUAUCUCAAAAUGAGUGAGUAUAACAUGCACAAAGCCAAAUUCUUUUGUAUUGAUAUCUGUGUGUGUGGGGCCAGGGGCACAAUUACUAGAAUUUGCCUGUUGCCAUGGCAGCAAGUUGUACAUAACAUAAACUGUAGCUGUUAGUCAGGGUGGCUUGUUUUAGUAACUGUACACUUUUACUUCAUAUAAUGAUAUUUAUAUAUAGCUCAAUGCUAAGCUAAUAUUAUUUUGUGUGCCUUUAGUUUUUUUAAUUAAGGGGUGGGGUGUGUCAGAAUAGGGAGGAUACUUGUACCUUAGAGACAUUUCUGAUUACCAAUUACCGCAAGUAAAGAGAGUAAGUAUUAAUGAUCAAAAUGAUUAUUAGACCAGGUCAUUUUAUUUCAGCAGCUGUGCAGCCGCUGCUAUGGUUACAAGCAUUGUGAGUUUCAUGUGCAGAAUGGUAUGAAUGAUACUGGGUUUGUGAUCAUGCGCGUAGAACAUUGUACAACCAUUCUUUAUCCAAAAUGAUUGUUCAAAGCAUUAGUUGUAACCACUCUGAUUCACCCCUUGUGAAGUUUCUUUUUAUACAUGCAGGAAAAUUGGUCUAGCUUCGAAUUUACAGCAACUUUUACCUGAACUUGUGUUCCCAGUGACAAUAUUUGAUUUUGCAAGACAUGUGAAUGUGCAAGAUAUAUUGCAAAAUCAUUUCUGGCAUGCCCUCUCAUCACUUAUAUAAUGUCUGUAACCAUGUAAAAUCAGUGUUUAAGCAAAGCCCCUUGAAAAUUGUCAAAUCAAAGAAUGAAAUUGAAAUAUUGCUAAUAAAUUAUUAUAAUGGA